UUUAUUUUAUUUUUCCUAAUCUUUUUCUUCUUCUACAUUCUCGCGGUGACUCCCCAAAGCCGAACUGAUUUCCUUUUACAGCAAAAAAAAAAAAAAACAGAGAAUCUCUCUGUUUUUGUGUAUCUAGCAGUUGAAUUGACGUUGAGUCGUUGACUAUGAUUCUUCGAUGGGUCUUAAUCUUGGUUCUGGUGGUGGGGAUUUUAUCCCCUCCAUCGCAAUCGUUACGGUUCGAGCUUCAAUCGGGACAGACUAAAUGCAUCGCCGAAGACAUCAAAAGCAGUUCAAUGUCGGUCGGAAAGUACCACGUUGUCAAUCCCAACGAGGAAUAUCCUUUGCCUGAUUCUCACAAGCUCACCGUCAGGGUAACGUCGUCGCAUGGGAAUAAUUUUCACUCGGCGGAGAAAGUGGAGACCGGGCAGUUUGCAUUUACGGCGGCGGAAGAGGGGGAUUACAUGGCGUGCUUUUGGGCGCCGGAUCAUUCGCCGCAGAUUACGAUGAACGUUGAUUUUGAUUGGAGGACUGGAGUUCAUGCUAAGGACUGGUCUAAUGUUGCCAAGAAAGGCAAAGUUGAUGAGAUGGAACUAGAAUUGAAGAAGCUGUAUGAUACUGUUACCUCCAUUCACGAGGAAAUGUUUUAUUUGCGAGAAAGAGAAGAAGAAAUGCAGGAGCUGAACCAAGCUACUACCUCCAAAAUGUUCUGGUUCUCCUUCCUCUCACUUUUUCUUUGCUUGUCAGUAGCAGGAUUACAAUUUUGGCACUUGAAAACCUUCUUCGAGAAAAAGAAGCUCAUUUAAGUUUGUAAGAUAAAAAUUUUAUUUUCUUCUGCACUCGUAAAACAUUUUGGCGAAAAUGUACUUUGACAAAAAUAAUACCUAGGUCUCAUAGUUAGAUUAAUUGAAAUUUCAAUGAUCUAAAAUGGGUUCUACUAUAUAUGUGAUGUACUUCAUAACUUUGUAGCUACCUUUAACGUCUGUUUUUCUUUAAUAGUGAAUAAGUUUGGGAACAGAGAGACAGAGAGAUGGGGGAAUACAAAACCGAUAACCUUGCUAGUUGCUACUAUGCUCAUUCAACCGGGGAGAUGGUCGUUGAUUACCUUGAUUGCUGUCGUUUGUUCACUUCCUUUUUUUCUUGAGCCUGCCUGAUCUCUCCCUUUGGUCUUAACUCUAAAUUCAGCUCUCAACCUUCUCUGGCUGUGGUUUUAUUUUUGUCUCAUCUCUUUCACAUUUCCCUAAAUGUCCCCUAUUUCUUGCCUCUCUUUCUCAAUCUACUACGUUUAUGUUGUAUUUGAUUUAGUAGAUUUACCUUUCCUAGAUUCAAUCUGAAUAUCUGAUCAUCAGUUGGGAAAAAAAAGAGGCAAGAAAAAAACAAUUCAUAUGGCAUCACAUAUUCUGAUGUGAUUUUCUGUUGAAGCUCCUUGAUGAAGGCGUCUGUCUCUUUUGACUACAGAUUUGUUGCCCAUCUGUCAUGGCUGCUUGCUAUCUUUGAUCCACAGUAUCUUGACUGCAAGUCUUUUUUUUUUUUUUUUUUUGGGUGGGAUUAC